ACCGAAAGUAGAAGUAUGGUUUCCAAUUUUUGCAUCGAAAGAAAAUUCAUCCUGUAAAUAGAGCUCAGAUAAUUGAUGAUGCAUGGAGCCUGUCAAAAUCGGGUGACCUUACCAUGAAUAUAGCCCUCCAAACUCUUGAAUACUUGUCAAUGGAAGACAGUUAUUUCCCUUUUUUGGCUGCACGUAGCGAUAUUGUGUUUGUAAGAAACAUGUUAGAAAGAACAGAAAUAUAUAGUGACUUUUCGGCAUUCAUGAAUAAAAUAUUUUCCGUACCAUUGAGUAGGCUUGGUUACAGCAAUAUUGGAUCUGGACAUUUAGAAAUAUUGCUCAGAAAACUAGUUUUAGAGGAGGCAUGCAGAUAUGGAGAUCAAAAUUGUAUAGACUUUGCAAUCAACUCGUUUCAAAUGCUGAUGAACAGUGCUGGUAACUCAAAUCCGAUUGAUGUUGAUUUGAGGUCAAUCGUGUACCAUACAGCAAUACAGUAUGGAGGUGUGAAUGAGUGGGAAUUUGCUUAUGGAAAAUACACAACAUCUAAUCUUGGAUCGGAUAGGGUGCUUUUUCUAUAUGCCUGCUCUUAUAGUAGAGAUGUCACGAUUUUAAACAGGUUCCUACAAUAUAUCUUAACGGACGAUAUUCGUAAGCAGGAUGGUGAAAAUAUAUUGCGUCUUAUCUCAAGAAAUCCAAUUGGUAGAACUCUAGUGUGGGAUUUUUUAAGAGCAAAUUGGGAUGAUAUAAUAACCCGUUUCGUAUCAAUUAACUACCUCAUUGCAGAUGUUACAGCAAAGUUUAAUACUGAAAAUGAUCUACAGUCGAUUCUGACUUUUAAGGCUAGUAGGCCCAAUUUAGGCAAUGCAGCAGCAGCAAUCGAUAGAGCAAUUGAGACAACAAGAGCUAACAUCAAGUGGAUGGAUAGUAACUUCCAGAUUAUAAAAAAUUGGUUACAGAGUCUACCUUAGUUGGAAAAACAACACAGUUGCCAUUUCCAAUUAAAUACACUGUCAAUAUGUGUGAAUAAAAAUUGAAAACAAUUCUGUGAAUACAAGAUUCUAUAUCAAUAUAGACAGACUAAGAAUUUAAAAUGCAUGGUAAAAGCUGUGUCUCAAGUGAGGAAUUCGA